AUGGAGCAGCAGCAGCAACCAAAGAUAAAACUGGCGAAUGCUCUGCUAAAGAACACAAAAAACCCCAAACUCGCAUGGCAACUCUUCAAACGGACGUCUCUCUCAACUCCCAACCUCUUCUUCCAAUCUCUCCCCAUCAUCACCCGCAUUCUCCUUCGCUCCAGUAUGUUCUCCGAGAUCGACAGUCUUCACCAUUUCCUUCUUUCCCAACCACCCGUAAAGAAUUCUUCUCUAUACACCGUCGUUAGGAUCCUGGCCGAGUCAGGCCAUGUUGACAAGGCCUUGUCUCAGUUUCAAACUCUCCGAGCCCAGUUCCCUGAUCGUCCUCCUUUGGUUUCGCUGUACAAUUUGCUUAUUCAGUCUUCGCUGAAAGGAGAUUGUCAGCAAAACUUCGUUUCUUGGUUGUAUAAAGACAUGAUUUUUGCUGGGAUUUUGCCAGAAACGUAUACUUUUAACCUGAUGAUUGGUGGGCUGUGUGAUUCGGGUCGAUUGGAAGAUGCUCAGAAACUAUUUGAUAAAAUGCGUGAAAAAGGAUGUGAACCUAAUGAGUUCAGUUUUGGGAUUUUGGUCCGUGGGUAUUGUAGAGUCGGACUUGCUUCUAAAGGAUUGGAGCUUUUGGAUUUGAUGAAGGAAAUGGAUGUGUUCCCAAAUUUGGUUAUUUAUAACACUUUGAUUGCGUGCUUUUGUAAAGAAGGUAAGACUGAGGAGGCAGAGAAAUUGGUGGAGCAGAUGAGGGAGGAUGGGCUUGUUCCGGAUGUUGUUACAUUUAACUCUAGGAUUUCAGCACUUUGCAAGUCGGGUAACAUGUUGGAGGCUUCCAGGAUUUUUAGGGACAUGCAGAUGAAUGAAGAGUUGGGCUUACCUAAACUUAAUACGAUUACAUUUAACUUGAUGUUAGAGGGGUUUUGCAAUGAAGGCAUGUUGGAUGAAGCGAAGACCCUGGUUCAGUCCAUGAAGCAAAAUGAUGUUUUCCCGAAUGUUGAGAGCUAUAACAUAUGGCUGUAUGGUUUGGUAAGGAAUAAGAAGGUCUUUGAUGCUCAGUUAGUUCUUAAAGAUAUGGUGGAUCAGGGUGUAGAACCAAGUACAUACUCAUACAACAUUGUGAUGAAUGGCCUGUGCAAGAAUGGGAUGCUCGGUGAUGCAAGGAUGUUGAUGGGAUUGAUGACAAGUGGUGGGAUCUCUCCAGAUACGGUCACUUAUAGUACUCUACUCCAUGGAUACUGCUGCAAAGGAAAGGUAGUAGAGGCAAACAGGGUUUUACAUGAGAUGAUGAAGAAUGGAUACACUCCAAAUAAUUAUACAUGCAACAUUUUGCUGCACAGCCUCUGGAAAGAAGGGAAAAUUUCAGAAGCAGAGAAGCUACUGCAAAAGAUGAAUGAAGGUGGCUGUGAUUUGGACAUUGUGAGUUGCAAUAUUGUGAUUGAUGGUCUUUGCAGAACUGGAAGGGUGGACAAAGCAGUUGAAAUUGUGAGUGAAAUGUGGACUCAUGGAAGUGCUGCUCUUGGUAAUAUUGGGAAUUCCUUCAUUGGCCUGGUGGAUGAGGGAAACAACGGAAAGAAAUGCAUGCCUGACUUAAUUACAUAUUCAACCAUCAUUAGCGGCUUGUGCAAUGAUGGAAGGCUUGAUGAAGCCAAAAAGAAGUUUGUUGAGAUGAUGAAGAAAAACUUAUACCCUGAUUCAGUUGUAUAUAAUACUUUUCUCUACAAUUUGUGUAAAAAGGGUAAGGUAUCAUCUGCAUUUCAGGUUUUGAAGGACAUGGAGAAAAAGGGUUGCAACAAGAACUUAAAUACAUACAACUCUUUGAUUCUAGGGCUGCGGAGCAAGAGUCAAAUAUUUGAAAUGUCUGGACUGAUGGAUGAGAUGAGAGAAAGAGGCAUUUCUCCCAAUGUUUUUACAUGCAAUACUGUAAUAAGCUGUCUUUGUGAAGCAGGAAGAACAGAAGAAGCUAUUUCUCUUUUAGAGGAAAUGUUACAGAAGGGUACAACCACCCCAAAUACUGAUUCAUUCGAGUUUUUAAUUAAAGCAUUUUGUAGGGCGGGUGAAUUCAGGCCUGCACUAGAUGUAUUUGAUAUUGCUCUUGAUAUAUGUGGCCAUAAGGAAGCACUUUAUGCUAUAAUAUUCAAUGAGAUGCUAACCGGGGGGGAAACAUUGGAAGCAAAGGUAAUAUUUGAAGCUGCAAUGAACAGAUAUCUUUGCCUAGGCAACUUCCUGUACACAGAUCUGAUUGAUAGGUUGUGCAAAGAUGAAAAGUUUGAAGAAGCUCAUGAGGUUCUCAACAAAAUGAUUUCUAAAGGGUAUGGGUUUGAUCCUGCAUCAUUUAUGCCAGUGAUUGAUGCAUUGACUAAAAGAGGAAGGAAGCACGAGGCUGAUGAACUAUCAGAGAGAAUGCUAAAUAUGGCUGCACAAGGUAGGGUGGUAAACAAGGUUUACUUUAGCCAAGUUGAUAGGGCGUCAAGUCGGGGGAAACUAGGGAAACUAGAUCGAUCUCUUGGAAGCCAUUGGCAGACAAUCUUGCACAGAGAAGAUGGAAGCUCAACAGCUUUGAAAACUUUGAAGCGGGUGCAAAAGGGAUGGGGUCAAGGAAGUGUAUCAAGUCUACAAGUCAAAAGAAGUGACUAUCUUGAUGAAUGGGAUGCUGCUGGAUAAAAUUAUAUGUUUUUGUCACAUAUACAUAUGCAGGAUAAUUUCUCUUGUUGUUCGGACUGAGGGUCAAGACUUAGGAACAAGUUCAAAUAUAAACAGCCACUCAUUCAAAGGAAAGAUGUGAAACAUAAUUAAGAGGUCUACGGCCAAAUGCAAGAAGCAGCCACUAAACAGUCAAGAGAACUCAACAUUACAAUCAACAGUUAAUACAGUAUAUGCAGAAAGUCUACUUGCUAUAGGAUCCGCAAGAUCUUAUGCUAAUCUUCAGCCAUUGUCUUGCUAUUCCAACUUUGUCAGCUCUGUGAGUGUUUCUGAUCUGAAUUUUGUCUCCAGAUUGCUCAAUUGCUCAUGACUGAGCACAAACAGAUAUAUCAGCUUUUGUAUACUUUAAACAAUCAAUUGUAUGCUAGGGAAGUCAAGGGCCACAAUCCAAUCAACUGAAGGGACAGUAAAUUCACCAAAGAAGUGUUGUUUCUUAAUUCCAGUCAGCUGUGAAAACAGUAGUCCUCACGCCUCGACCGAUGAUAAUUGUUUCUGACUACAGUCUAUUUCUUGGUCUGUGAAGCAAAGAGUUCUCUAAUGAAGUAAAGCUUGAAGAUGUCAUCUGCUGUUAAACCAUUAUCCUGACAUGGUGUUAGUCAACAUGCUACAUGUAAGGGGGUCUGAAAACUUGCUAUCCAUGUAGUGCCAGGUAAUUUAAACUGCAGAGCUUUCAAAACAUGUCUUUUUGUAAAUAAUGCUGAUGCAGUUGUCCAAGAAGUGACAGGUAAAAUAUGCUGAUGCAGUUGGUAAAGGGGACUGAAAGCUUGAUCCAUUUAAUGACAGUUGCAGGAACAAAUAAGAUCACAAAAUCUGAAGUUAUGCAAUAAUGCUGAUGGAUCAUGGCAAAAAGCAGUUACUUACCUUGAGGGAGAAAAAUGACUCAUGACUCGUGUAUACUAGUGAAUGUGUUAUUGUCUAUUUAGAUGGAAGCCUAAAAGAGCUUCCUGGAAAACAAGACCUAUAUUCAUGAUAAAUUCGCUGCAGAAAAAGUUCUGUAUUAGCCUUCUGAUCUGCAUAAGCAGUUGUAAUAUGUUAUCCUUACAAGUCUUGUCAUGUCAAAUUUCAGGCCUAGUUUCUUA